GUCAGACUAUGAGACAGUUCUCACAGAACUCUCACCACCCAGUUCAACAUGUGGACACUUAUACUCGUCUUGUCCAGUCUAUUCCCAGCUGGAACUGCUGCUGUAACUACAGUAACUGGAUACAAGGGCCGUUCAGUUCAGAUCAGAUGCCCCUAUAAGUCUGGAUAUGAAACCCACUUGAAGUACCUCUGCAGAGGAGAGUGUUAUACUUUCCGGACUAAGAACAUCCCUGUUGAUUCUAAAACUGCUAAAGACGAGAGACUCUCUCUGAAUGAUGACACAGCAGCCAGAGUCUUCACUGUCACCAUCACUGAUCUGAGAUCAGAGGAUGGAGGAAAAUACUGGUGUGCAACACAGCAGAAAGUGCGUGAUCACUACACAGAGAUUCUGUUAGUGGUUAAAGUGGACACACCUAUGAAUGUUAUUCACAUCGGUGUAUACUGA